CAAUUCGUCCCGCGUGUCUACCCGAGAUCACUCGCCAGCAUAAUGUCUAGAGGAGGGCGAGGUGGAGGAAGGGGAGGGGGGCGCGGGGGAUUCGGAGGAAGGGGAGGGUUUGGUGCGAACAGCCUUCCACCAAUGGGCUUGACCUUCGCCGACAUUCAAUCCCUGUCUCGAGAAGCAACUGCUCUCUAUCCUCCUCUGGACCCCUUGCCAGUGCUCACAGAAUACACUGACGAGGAAAAGAGAAUAUGCGAGCUGCAGAUCGGCUUCUCCACGCGCCUACGCCAGUCUGCGUAUUAUAUUGUUGAACCCACCAAAUCUACAGAGCUUUCUCGGUACUCGGACAAGUACCGCCCGUCGCCAGCCUCACAGCCCAAACUGAGACGGGAGGACUUGCAUCAGCCUUUCUUCCCACAAGAUGUAUUCGAAGGUUACUUCAAUCCUAAAAAGCGGAAGGCUUCUGACCUAAAAGGACCGAAGAAGCGCAUCAAUUUGGACAACCUGGGCGAUGACGCCGAGGAACAGGAGAAGUCCGGCGAUGAGCGCUCAGAGGCUGGCUCGCAAGCCCCGCAGUCCGACUACGAUGUCGAUGAGGAGUACGACAACGAUUACGCUGAGAAUUACUUCGAUAACGGCGAAGGAGACGACGCCGAUGAUCUUGGAGGUGGUGGAGGAGAAGAUGGAGGGGGAGGUGGAUAUGAUAUGGAAUGAUUACCAAGUUCUGUUGGUACACCGAAUGAGAUCUGUGGCAAUUUUUUGCUGUCACAACAGGAUGUUCCUGGUCUGUAACGUGUUGUCAGAAUACACCAGGUUUCAAGGCGUCUCCGUC